AUGUUGACCAUUGCUACCUUGCUCGCGUUCUCUGCCGUCGCUCGUGCUCAAAGCUUGCCGCCAUCAGCCGGCAUUUUCAUCGCAGGCGACAGCACGGUCGCCACGCCAAGCAAUGGGUGGACACAAAGCGCAGACCUCAUCUUUGCAGAGCCUUACCUCUCCUUUGCUCGCGCUGGUCGAUCGAUGAGAAUGGCGUUCGCCGAGGGCAUGUUCACCAACAUCACCACUGCCGCUGCCAAAUCGACGCUCGACACCAAAUAUGCCAUCAUCGAGAUGGGCCACAACGAAGGAAACUCAGGGAACCUCAAUGAUGGUCGUGAACCUUGCCCGGAUGAUGCGGACAAGCAGACUCAGGCGGCAUGUGAUGCUGCUGGUGUCAAGACUUUUGCAGAGUACCUCACCGAUGCUGUGACCCUGCUGCAGCAAGCCGGUCUCACCGUUGUCCUCGCAAGCCCUACUGUCGAUAUGCCUUACGGCGAUGACGGCUUCUGCUACGUUCAGUCUCGCUUCUCGAAACAGGCUCAAGCUGUUGCUGCUGCUACUGGUGCACAAUUCAUUGACAUUGAAGCUGCCAGCGCUGCAAUGUGGCAGCAUGCCGAAUACUCUGGCACGAUCAGGAACUUCAAGCCUGACCAUACGCACACCACCUCGACGGGUUCUGCGCGUAUCGCCUUUGCUGUGGCAAAAGCAAUCACAUGCAGCGACAGCACCCUCAAAACGGUGCUCAAAGCCGGCUUGUCACACAUUAUGCCGCCAAACUGCGCACCGGUUGCGCCUCUUUGCUAG